AUGAAGUAAUAAUUUGUGUUGUCAGUCGGACUUAAAUAUUCAAAUGUUCAGUCGUUUCUCAGUCUAUCGUACAAUAUUUCUUAAAUCCUUAAAAGUAAGAUUAGUUUAAUGUAUCAAGAUUUAUUAGUUAAUAAAGGUUAACUCGGGAUUGACAACAAUAUACUUCACAAUUGCUGACGAAUAAUAUUUUAAUGAAAAUGUCUUCUGAAACUCCUAGGGUAUUAUCAAUCCAAAGCCAUGUCGUUCACGGAUAUGUUGGUAAUAAAAGUGCCGUUUUCCCUCUUCAAAUUUUAGGUUUUGAAGUUGACGCUAUAAAUUCUGUACAAUUUUCAACACAUGGGGGAUAUGUACAUAAACAUAAAGGAACAAUAUUGAAAAAUGAGGAAAUGGGAGCUCUUAUUGAAGGUCUUAUGUUGAAUGAAGUUGAUUAUUUUACACAUUUUCUUACUGGAUACUCAAUGUCCCCUGAUUCAUUAAAACAAAUUGCCCAAAUCAUUAAAAUGCUCCGACAAAAAAAUCCAAACUUAAUAUAUGUAUGUGAUCCGGUAAUGGGUGACAAUGGGAAAAUGUAUGUGCCAGAAGCUAUCCUUCCAGUUUACAGGGAUAUUGUAAUACCUUUAGCCGAUAUAAUAACCCCGAACCAGUUUGAAGCAGAAUUGAUAACUGGCUUGGAAAUGAAAGAUCUCACCGGAGCCCUCAAAGUUAUAGAUGCACUACAUAAUAUAGGAGCCAAAACUGUUGUUCUCUCUAGUACUAUAUUGGGGGAUGAGACCAAUAUGAUUGCUAUUGCCAGUAAUAAAGAGUCCUGUUAUCAGAUCGAAAUACCAAAAAUAAACGCAUCAUUUACCGGCACCGGAGACUUGUUUGCGGCCUUGUUCCUAGCUUGGUCUCAUAAAACUAACAAUAACUUGAAACUGACGCUUGAAAAGACAAUAGCGACGCUCCAACACGUCGUCAAGGACACUUAUGAGAAAGCUAGAGAGUUGCAACCAACUGGCAACAUUUCACCAGCAUUGUUGGAAUUGAAAUUAAUUCAAAACAAAGCUACUAUUGAGGAUCCAAAGAUUAUUAUAAACAGCAUAGAAAUUAGAACUUAAGAAGAA